AAACCCGUUUUUCCAAACUCAUGUCUUCUGAACCGAACACUUUUGAGUUUUUGAGAAAGAAGAGAAAAAAACAACACAUUCAGUGAUCAUGGCCACGAUCAAGAUCGUUAAAGCUCGUCAGAUCUUUGACAGCCGUGGAAAUCCCACCGUUGAAGUAGAUGUUAUACUCAGUGAUGGAACAUUGGCUAGAGCGGCUGUGCCCAGUGGUGCCUCCACAGGUAUAUAUGAGGCCCUGGAAUUGAGGGAUGGAGGAUCAGAUUACCUUGGCAAAGGUGUCCUUAAGGCUGUGGAGAACGUGAAUUCCAUAAUCGGGCCUGCUUUAAUCGGCAAGGACCCAACAGAACAGACCAAGAUUGAUAAUUAUAUGGUUCAACAGCUUGAUGGAACUGUCAAUGAAUGGGGUUGGUGCAAACAAAAGCUUGGAGCAAAUGCCAUACUGGCUGUAUCCCUUGCUGUGUGUAAAGCUGGUGCCUCAGUUAAGAAGAUUCCUCUGUACCGGCACAUUGCCAACCUUGCUGGAAAUAAGACCUUGGUGCUUCCUGUGCCAGCUUUCAAUGUCAUUAAUGGAGGCUCUCAUGCUGGUAAUAAGCUGGCAAUGCAGGAAUUCAUGAUUCUCCCUGUUGGGGCAUCUUCUUUCAAAGAAGCUAUGAAGAUGGGUGUAGAAGUCUAUCACCACUUGAAGAGUGUAAUUAAGAAGAAGUACGGACAAGAUGCCACAAAUGUUGGUGAUGAAGGUGGAUUUGCUCCAAAUAUUCAGGAAAACAAAGAGGGCCUUGAACUGUUGAAAACAGCCAUAGCUAAAGCUGGAUACACUGGAAAGGUUGUAAUUGGGAUGGACGUAGCUGCUUCGGAAUUCUAUGAUAGCAAUGAUAAGACAUAUGACUUGAAUUUCAAGGAAGAGAAUAAUGACGGAUCCCAGAAAAUAUCAGGAGACAGUUUGAAGAAUGUCUACAAGUCCUUUGUGACUGAUUAUCCUAUUGUGUCCAUUGAAGAUCCCUUUGAUCAAGAUGAUUGGGAGCAUUAUGCAAAGAUGACUUCUGAAAUCGGUGAGCAAGUGCAGAUUGUUGGUGAUGACCUCCUUGUCACUAAUCCAAAGCGUGUAGAGAAAGCCAUAAGGGAGAAGUCUUGCAAUGCCCUUUUACUAAAGGUGAAUCAAAUUGGUUCAGUUACUGAAAGCAUUGAGGCUGUGAGAAUGUCUAAAUGUGCUGGAUGGGGUGUUAUGGCAAGUCACCGAAGUGGUGAAACCGAGGACACUUUCAUUGCAGACCUUUCGGUUGGAUUGGCAACUGGCCAGAUCAAGACCGGUGCUCCUUGCAGGUCAGAACGCCUGGCUAAAUACAACCAGCUUCUUAGGAUUGAAGAAGAGCUAGGACCUGCUGCAAUUUAUGCUGGAUCAAAAUUCAGAGCACCCGUUGAACCAUACUAAUUUCAACGAGAGUAACAUUAUUCUACAUCGCCAAAUGCAAUUUUCAUGAUCAAACGUUCUUAGAAGAUCUGAAUAAUGGACAGUUGAAAACUAGUUAAUGAGUGUACUCAAAUACCUGGAUAAUAAUCGGAGUUUUUGUUUUACUUAUAAAUAUAUAUCUAUUAGUUCAUAAAAAAAAAACUGAGGCUGGCAAAGUUGUUGGCCCAAUUUAUAUGUUGGGUUGGGAGUGUGAAUUUUGUAAUAGAGAACUAGAACUAAAGUA